CGUGCUAACAGAGGGGGUUUCAUGUGUAAUAAAAAAAACAUUUUUAAUGAGGCGCUCAGCUUUAGAGUGCUUGUAAAUAUUGUGUCAUGUUUGUGCGUUUGUGAGAAGCUCUGGCUGGAGCAGCCUUCUCCAAUCUCCGCCCACUUGUGCUGCACCAUAUACCGAAUCAAGGCGACCCAGUUCUGCAGAGCACAGAGAGCAGACGUGUGAAAAGCAGAAAACCUACAGCUAAAUCCAAACACACAACCAUGGAUGAGGUCGACUACUACUAUCACGAAAACUCCAGCUUCAACUACAGCUAUGAGGAUUACCCCGCCUUGUGCGAGAAGGGCGAUGUCCGGUCCUUCGCAGCCUUCUUCCUCCCCAUCGUGUACAGUGUGUGUCUGGUUGCGGGACUGACGGGAAACAUUCUGGUCCUCGCUGUCUACGCCUACCACAAACGGCUGAAGACCAUGACGGACUCUUUCCUGAGCCACUUGGCCGUGGCCGACUUGCUGCUCCUCUUCACGCUGCCUUUCUGGGCCGCUGAUGCCGCCAGGGGCUGGGAGUUGGGGGACGCCGUCUGUAGGAUCGUGUCGGCCUGCUACACGUUGAACUUCACCUGCUGCAUGCUGCUGUUGGCCUGCAUCAGCCUGGACCGCUACCUGGCGGUUCUCAGAGUGCAGGGUGGAGCAGACAGAGGCAGGUUGCAGCAGCUUUUCAACAGGAGGCAUUGCUGGAAGUGGUGCUCAGCCGUCUGGGGAACGGCCUUCCUGCUCGGUCUGCCUGAUUUAAUCUUCUCAGAAGUGGUGUGGACAUCCAAUAGGAACAUCUGCGUAGCCAUCUACCCUUCGUCUAUGGCUCGGAGUGGUAAAGCUGUGCUGGAGGUGGCCGAGGUGCUGCUGGGAUUCCUUCUUCCUCUCCUGGUCAUGGUGAUCUGCUACUGGUCUGUCUGCCGAGCGCUGAGAAACCUUCCCAUCGAGAGCCGAGGCAAGAAGUGGAGAGCCCUGCGUGUCCUCCUCAUAGUAGUGGGGGUGUUUGUUGUCACUCAGCUGCCAUACAACGUGCUAAAACUGCACCGUGCCGUAGAUUCAGUGUACAUUUUUGUAACCCAUUGCCAGACAAGCAAGGUACUGGAUCAGGCGACCCAGGUGGCGGAAAGCCUGGCUCUCAUUCACUGCUGCAUCAACCCGAUCCUUUACGCCUUCAUGGGGUCCUCCUUCAAGCAGCAUAUGGUGAAAGUCGCUAAGAAGUUUGAACAAAAGAGAAGGAAGAGGAGCCAGAGGACACGAGAGACUCCAACGCAUGGUGAAGAGAUGGACAUGUCGUUUAACUCUCAUAGCGCAACCCAGGAGACAAACUCAUUCUCAGUUUGAGUGAAUCCAACGGUUCUCCGGCUGUGGUUCUAGGGCCUUUCAAGGUUGUUAGGUGUCAGCCUAAAGGCUAAUUAUGUUUCACGUAGAGCCACUAAACCACAGCCAAGGAGGAGUACGUCUUUAUGCACAACUGGAGUUUUGCUUCAAAAAGAAACUUCUUAAGAGAAGUCAAAGGAGAACAUUUGAGAAUUCAAAUAUUUAACUGAAGUGGAAAACAGUGAGCAAAGAACAAGGAAUGGUUGUUUUUGAAACAGUCAAAACAACAGAGGGAUAUGAUGGCGCUUUGGUCUUUUUGUACAUGAAUGUCAGACUUUUUGAGAAGCAACAAUAAAACCCUUCCUAACACACACAAAUAAAAACACUCUCCAAUGGGUUGGGACUUUAUUCUCAACUCUCAAAUCUGAGCCGAGAAUAAAUUAUGCUGGUCAAAUCAAACAGCAUAAUUUUUUGUGCUCGGUGACAAGCUAACCACAAAUAGCACUAGAAGUGUAAACUCUGUGUAUAACUUCACAAUUUAUGUAUUCAAUAAACAUGAACUUGUUUACUGACAGCAGUACUUCCAUAAUCUCUGUAUGGAAAAAAUAUGAAAUGCAAGCUGCCAGAAGUGUAAAUAAACAGUUUGAUAUUGCAUGUAUGAGUGUAUUUUCUACACACUAUACUGAAUUUUUGAACUGAGUGUGGUGAGAAACCCACUUUCUCACUGGGAGCCUUUACUUAAAAGAAACUGCCUGUUUAUUUUUGUAACUUAGAUUGGGAAUGUUUUUCCCCUCUCUGUUUUUGUAAAAUAAAUAAGUAAAAAAAAA